GUACUUGGUUAUAGCGACGGGUUCCGCACAAGCAGUCGCCAUUGAUUCCGCAGAUGGCGAGAAGACGGCAGCAUUGUGCCAGUCUCUUGAGGUGAACCUUGUUGCUGUGCUCACUACUCACUACCAUGCAGAUCACUCAGGUGGCAACGCCUUCCUUGCCGCAGCAAAGCCCGGCCUGGAGGUUAUUGCUGGGGAGCGGGAUGCCGACCGCACUCCGGCCGUGACUCGCCAGGUCCGUGAUGGCGAAACGUUUCGGCUGGCAGGUCUACCUUUUCGCUGUGUGGCUACGCCCUGUCACACUCGUGGCCACGUUUGCUUUUUCCUGGAUGCUGACGAUGGACAGGCCCCAGCGCUGUUUUCCGGUGAUGCCCUCUUCGUUGCCGGCUGUGGCAGGUUCAUGGAAGGCACAGCCGUAUCAAUGAGUCGAACACUUCGAGCCCUGGCGGCGCUGCCGGGGGAAACUCGAGUCUUCUGCGGUCACGAGUACACGGUUGGGAACCUGGAAUAUGCUCUGUCCCUGGAGCCAUCACGCGAAUUCCUGCGCGAACGCCUGGCAAAGGCCCAGGCCCAGCGGUCACAGGGUCUGCCCACCGUGCCUUCGACGCUGUCGGAGGAGCUAGAGCAAAAUCCAUUCUUCCGAGCUUCGAAUCCCAUUUUGGCUGCGGCGGUGGACUGUGAUGGUCUCGACGAGCUUGCAGUCCUCAACAAGUUGCGCCGAGGAAAGGACACCUUUACAUUUCCAGGCAAAAUCAUCACCAUGGUCCUUGAUGUAAGAAGCUACUUCUACCCGCCUGCUGACGAUGAGAUUGCCUGA